GGCACCACUUCUCACGUUACCUCCCCACCUCACAUCCUCUCUUUUAAAUCCCAUCACUUCGUCGGUGAUCCCACACGAUCAUGGACUAUUCAACCUCACCCACCACCACCGUCUCCUCCGCCGCCGUCACCGGAGAUCACUCUCCGACCACCACCUCCAUCACACGCACUCUCCGUCUCAUCAACCACCAUGACCCCCUCACCAAAAUCCAAGCCGCCAAAGAAAUCCGCCGCCUCACCAAAACCUCUCAAGGCUGCCGCCGGCAGUUCUCCGGCGCCAUACCGGCUCUUGUGUCCAUGCUCCGGUAUCCUUCUGUUGAUGCUAAAGCUGCUGCUCUUCUCGCUCUGCUUAACCUCGCUGUACAGGACGAAGAAAACAAGAUCAGUAUAGUUGAUGCUGGCGCGUUGGAACCAAUCGUCACUUUUUUCGAAUUGGAUAAUUUAAACAUGGAAGAACACGCGACGGCUUUGUUAGCCACACUAUCCGCAUCACCCGUGAAAAGGUCAACCAUCGGCGCAUCUGGUGCGAUCCCUUUUCUAGUAGAAACCUUAAAUUCGGGUACCCCACAAGCCAAGGUGGAUGCAGUGAUGGCAUUGUUCAAUCUCGCAUCGGAAAACGACAAUCUUAACCUCAUCCUUAAGGCGCAACCUAUUCCGUACUUAGUAAACAUCCUCAACAGUUCCAAGAAAUCGUCGAAAAUCUCAGAAAGAUGCACCGCGGUUUUGGAAUCAUUAGUUGGUUUCGAAGAAGGGAGAGUGGCUCUAACUUCAGAAGAAGGUGGCGUGCUCGCGGUUGUUGAGGUUCUCGAGCGUGGGUCCCCACAAAACCGCGAACACGCAGUGGGUACGCUUUUGACUAUGUGUCAAAGCGAUCGAUGUAGAUACAGAGAACCAAUACUUAAAGAAGGUGUAAUCCCUGGACUGUUGGAGCUUACGGUUCAAGGCACGCCAAACUCCCAAACAAAAGCGCACACGCUGCUUCGACUACUACGGGAAUCACCGUACCCACGAUCGGAAAACGAGCCCGAUACGCUUGAAAACAUUGUGUGUGAUAUUAUAUCACAGAUUGGAGGUGAGGAACAAUCUGGGAAUGCGAAACAGAUGCUUGCGGAUAUGGUGCAAGUUAGCAUGGAACAAAGUUUACGACAUUUACAACGACGGGCUCUCGUAUGUAAUCCAUCUGAAGUUUCCUUGAAAUAAGAAUGUGUUUAGUUGUCUGUUUCUUGUUUCAUUUUAAUGUUCCAUGAAUAUGAUUUAUGGACAUUUUGUGAGGUCAAAUGUUGUUGUUGUUGUUUCAUAGUAUAGAAGCCAGUCCAGGCCUUUUGUGUUUGAUGGGUAUCAUGUGACUGGUAAAUGUUGUGAACUUGUGUGUUUAAAAACUUUGUACAUUUAGUUAGUUUUUUUUUUUAAUGUUUUUUUGAAUAACAAUGUAUUUUAAAUAAGUUAUAUCUUUUGAUAUAAAUGUAUAUUAUAUAUUUUUCAGAAUAAA